GUAGGAAACAAGGUUUAUAAAUUUAAACUAAAAUUUACCUCCUUUGAGUCUACAUGAAGUCAGUCCUUGAAGUGGGCCGAGGUCCAAAAUUUACCGAUGUUCUGUUGUCAUGGAGAACAGCGUGGGGAAAAUUUGUGCAGAACAUGAUCGUGAAGCUCGAACCAAGCUCAAGGACAAAAAUGAAACGCAACAACAACAACAGCCGUCAAAUGUGACGGCCAAGGACCCCAAAGUGUAUAAUGGUGAAGAAAUUGAGCUGGCUUAUGCCAUGGCUGGAUUUAAGCCUUUUGGUGUCAACCAGCUGUCAUUUAAAGAGGGACAAGAAGUACGCAUCCUGUUAAAACAGGACUGUAACUGGUGGUGGGCAGAGCUUGAUGGUUGGCAAGGCUAUGUCCCUGCAAAUCAUUUCACUCGUCGGACCUCUAAACAGUUUGUGUGGCAAGAUGACGAGUACUUUGGAAAUUACAGCCACUUGAAACUUCACCAGGAAAUGCUGAGCGAUCGUCCCAGGACUGAGGCCUAUUUACAAGCUGUUCAAAUGAAUGAACCUUUCUUGAGAGAUAAAGUUAUACUGGAUGUGGGAUGUGGAACAGGAGUGCUCAGUAUGUUUUGUGCCAAAUAUGGAAAUUGUAAAAAAGUAUAUGCAGUUGAAGCCAGCGAUUUUGCUCAUUAUACAGCUGAGUUGGUGAAGAUCAAUGGACUGGAUGAGAAAAUAGCUGUGAUAAAUGAUUAUGUGGAGCAGAUACAGAUAGAAGACAAAGUCGAUGUGAUCAUAUCAGAGUGGAUGGGGACAUUUUUACUGUUUGAGAUGAUGUUAGAGUCUGUGAUCAUUGCCCGAGAUAAGUUCUUGCGAUCUGAUGGAGUAGUGCUACCCUCCAUGGCUACACUUUACCUUGUGCCAUGCUCAGCAGAUAGCCAUUACAAAGAGACAUACCAAUUUUGGGACAAAUUAUACGGGCUGGACUUCUCGUUAUUGAGGAGAUUGGCUGUUGAAGAAUAUUACGAAAGGCCCAUCUCAGAUUAUAUUCUAGGCUCCAAUGACUGCCUGGCAGAUGCAGUUGCCAUUUUAAACAUCUCCAUGGCAACAGUAACUGUUGGUGACCUGGAAAUGAUGGAAGAAAGAUUUGAAUUCAAGAUCCUCAAGUCUGGAACAAUGCAUGGGUUUUGUUCCUGGUUUGAGGUAGAGUUCCCUCCCUUGGCACAUGGAGUAGCAAGGCUGAAUUUGAGUACUGGACCAUAUAGCAGAUUGACUCAUUGGAGACAGAAUUUGUUCAUGCUGGACAAACCUGUAACCGUGGCAGCAGGGGACAUAAUUUCAGGGCAUGUGCGAAUUCAGCGUAACCCACAGCUGAGACGACACAUACGACUUCACCUGAGCUUUUCUGUUCUUAGCCAAGGGGUUCUGACGAACGAAACCAAGGUAAGGAAUAACACACCUGUACACUACAUGUUUACCUGACCUGUGCGGCCAAUGGGAAUUCAUGUCCAGUUUAUGCUCCCUGCCUCUCCAGUCGUACUUUGUCUUCAGGCAAAUUGUGAAUGGUCGUUGGUUUCCCCACAGGCUCUGUCCUGUUUCCUCCCAUCAUAAAUGUUGGUCGCCGUCUUUUAAGUGAAAUAUUCUUGAGUACAGCGUAAUACACCGGUCAAAUAAAUAAAUAAACAAAUGUCCACAUAACCAAAACUAUCCACAUGUUUUCUGCAAAUCCUGGUCGAAACAGAAAUCAGUCAAUCAAUCAAUGAGGACGAUUCAACGCCGUUUAUCAACAUGAUCAAACCUGAGUAGCGAUAAAACAGGAAUAUGUCUCAGUCAUGAAUUUUCAGAAUUAUUUGACGGCGUCCAAUAUAUUAACAGGGUGAGAGGCGAGUUAUACUGGCAUGUUUGUGUAUG